CGGUCUCACGCUUUUACUGCUGGCUGCCAAACACUGUAACCUUACUGUACGGGAGAUGCCAAGAUGGCUGCAAGCAAUUAUUUCGGCUUCACGCAUGCUGCCGGCCCGCAGUACAGUGCCCAGCCUCCCCCGGCAUAUUCCCAUCCCUCCACAGCCAGCUACAGUGUCCAGCAGGCUCCGGCUGUGGCUCACGCAGUGACUGCGUCCUACUCUCCUGCUCCGGUCCAGGCAGCCAGGCCUGUGGUCACUGCUCCUUACCCCACCUAUCAGAGCCACCAGGCUCCCCCUGACUACGCUUACAGGCAGCCAGACCUCCCGGCACCCCCACAGCCCACCACCACCCCACAGACGUACCAAGUGUAUCCGGAAACGGACAACUACAGCUACGGGCGUCCUGCAGCUGUGACUACCUACGACAACAAACAGUACUACCAGACGAGUAUAGCUCCAGCUCAGCGGACACACACAGAUAAUUACUACCAGACAGGGGUAAAGAGCGCUUACAGUCCAGCACCCUCCACUGUGUACAGCCAGCCUCCUCCUCCCCAGCGGCAAGUAACGGCCUUGAAGCCUCUGGCCCCCUCUGUGUCCACCAGCUACAACAUCUACCCCGUGUCCACCAGUGUGCAGCAGCCACCAACACCCAUUUCCUCCUACACCCUCGGCUCCUCCUUUGGCUCCACUGUUGCGCCCACUACUUACUCGGGCAUUAGCUACUCCAGUUAUGACUCAACCGGCUACACCUCCACUCCCACCCCAUCCUAUUACCAGCCGGCCCAGCAGACUCUCACCCAGUCGCAGCCUCCUCCUCCUCAGCAGCAGCAGCUGCAACAACAACCGCAGCCCCCCAUGCAGUCACCACCCAAGCAGCUGACGAGCUCUUCCUGGAGCAACUCUGGCAGCAACAUGGUGACGGCCCCCACUGUAAACGCCUACAAGAAGCCCAUGUUUCACCAGAGCAAGCUGCAAAGGCCCAAAGGGCCUCCGAAGCAGCCCCAGCUCCAUUACUGUGACAUUUGCAAGAUCAGCUGUGCAGGCCCGCAGACGUACCGGGAGCAUCUAGAGGGCCAGAAACAUAAGAAAAAGGAGGCAGCCCUGAAAUCCGGGGCCAACAACGGGCCGAGGGGCGUCCAGACUCAGUUACGCUGUGAGCUAUGUGACGUCGCCUGCACCGGCGUGGAUGCCUACGCCGCGCAUAUCCGUGGGGCCAAACACCAGAAGGUGGUGAAACUUCACACCAAGUUGGGUAAACCUAUACCUUCCACUGAGCCAGUGUUGGUGAAUUCAGCUGCAGUCGUCACAACAUCAACAGCCGGGAAACCUACCGUCUGUACUUCCACUCCUGCUUCUGCCUCAAUCACUUCAACUCCUAUUGUGACACCCAAACAGGUGGCCGUAAACGUCGCCGCCAAAACGGCACCAGUCAAGAAACCAGCUCCCUCCAAGAUAACUGUUAUUUCCCAUAAGCCAGUCAGCGCUCCAGCAGCCACAGUGGCGGCGCCUGCCAAGGUGGAGGAGCCCAUGCAACAGCCGGCUCAGAGAAUGGACCCUCAGAGUGACGAUGAGGACUGUGACAGAGCUGGAGGCCAAGGAGACAUCCAGCCAGUGGGACACGACUACGUCGAGGAGGUCCGUAACGAUGACGGAAAAGUGAUUCGGUUCCACUGCAAACUGUGUGAGUGCAGUUUCAACGACCCUAACGCCAAAGACAUGCACCUGAAAGGCAGAAGGCACAGACUCCAGUACAAGAAGAAAGUCAACCCAGAGCUUCCUGUGGAGAUCAAGCCCAGUAACCGGGCCAGGAAGCUGCAGGAGAGCAAGCUGAAGAAGCAGAAGCAGAAAGCGGUGCUGAAGAGACAGAGAGACGAUGAGCAGCGCUGGCACAUGGAGAUGAGGUCAGACUCGUGGCCAAAACGCUAUGAGGAGGACAUGUACUGGAGGAGGAUGGAGGAGGAGCAGAUGUACUGGGGGGAGCAAAGACGCAGGAUGGCUCCUCCGCCCCUCAUGAGCCGCCCUGGCAUGCCAGUCCCACCUCUGCUGACGUGUGUGCGUCGGCCAGACUCGCCCGAUGACCGUCACAUCAUGGCCAAGCACUCGACCAUUUACCCGGUGGAGGAAGAGCUGCAGGCUGUUCAGAGGAUUGUCUCCCACUCUGAGAGAGCCCUGAAACUGGUCUCGGACUUCCUGCUGGAGAAGGAGACUCCGGCUGUUGAUACCGCUGCUGAUGAGGGAGAAGAUGAAAAAGGCGCUGAGAACUCAGGGCGGCUUCUAAAAGGAGUGAUGAGGGUGGGUAUCCUGGCCAAAGGCCUGCUGCUACGUGGAGACCGAAAUGUUGAGCUCAUCCUACUGACGGCUAAGAAACCCACCGUCUCUUUACUGAAGAAUAUCGCCAAGCAUUUGCCCAAAGAGCUAGAGACAUUUUCUGAAGAUCAGUAUGAGGUGCAGGCUCACCCCGAGGAGGCGAACAUCGUGAUAUUUUCAAGCAAGGAGCCCAAAAUGCAGGUGACCAUUUCUCUCACCUCGCCGCUGAUGAGGGAGGACCCUGCUACUGAGAAGGACAAGCAGGCAGGAGGAAAAACGGCUGAGAAAGGCGUGGCUGAAAAGGACCCGACUGACCUCCUGAACAAGAGGAAGUGUCUGGAGUACCUGGCUGCUCUCCGUCACGCCAAAUGGUUUCAGGCUCGGGCCAACGGGCUGCAAUCCUGUGUGAUCAUCAUUCGGGUGCUGAGAGAUUUAUGUCAGCGGGUUCCCACGUGGGGAAAGAUUCCCUGCUGGGCGAUGGAGCUGUUGGUGGAGAAAGUGAUCAGCAGUGCUGCGGGCCCGCUGAGCCCGGGAGAGGCCAUGCGCCGAGUCCUGGAGUGCAUCUCCACAGGCAUCCUGCUACCAGAAGGUCCAGGUUUGAUGGACCCUUGUGAGAAAGAGACUACAGAUGCCUUGGGAAGCAUGAUGCUGCAAGCCAGAGAGGACGUCACUGCCAGCGCACAGCAUGCCCUGCGGCUGCUUGCUUUCCGUCAGAUCCACAAGGUUCUGGGCAUGGACUCCCUGCCGGCGUCCAAGGCCAGCGCCCGCAACCGGAAGCGCAGGCGUGACGGCAGCGACUCGGGCGACGGGGAGGGGGAGGGCAAAAAAGACAAGAAGGAAGAAGCCGAGAGCGCUUAACCUCUGCCCCCCCAAAGCGGAGGCCUGUGCCAGUUCAGAGGCUGGUAGAAUGUCACGAGUUUCAACCUUUUUCUUAUUUUGAAAACAAAUCUUAACACGCAGCUACACACAUAUGAAUAUAACUGACUGUACACCUGUACAUGUCUACUGUUGAAGUAAAAGUCUUGUUUGAGGAGGUGACUGAAGCUUUAGAAUCUGUACUAUUAAUCCUUCUCUUGCAUAGCAAUUCUUUUUACAUUUAAACAGGACUAUAAUUGCACACUAACUACUGACCCUCCCUACUAUUUAUUCAUAAUAGCUAAACCACUACCGUCACGUCAAAAACAGUUAUAUUGCUUCCCAGCUUGAGUCAGGACUCUAAACGAACGUCGGUGCAUGACAUUUGUUUACUGUUUUUUUUUUUUUUUCUAUCCGUGUUCAACAGAAGAUGGAGGUUUAAGUUUAUAAGCUUUGGAGCUGUGGGAAAAGUCCCAGAAGACGGUACUGUGAUGUUAAAUGUGCCUAAGAUGACACAGUAAUAAAACUGUGACGCUGUUGAACUCGCGUUACACUAAAAAUUACUUUGCCUGGAAAGUAUGUCGCCAUUAAGGGGUUUUUGCUAGAAGCGUACAAGUAACAGAAGUUAUGCUUUUUGUUUUUUUUCCACACUGGAGAGUAAACCGAAAGCGAGCGAGAGAGAGAGAGAGGUCUUAUGUUGCACAGUCUGUGGCAUGCUGAGGACAUUAAGCACUUAAAUAAUGACAAUGUUACGGAAUGCAGCAAUUUUAUCAUUUGAACAAUACGCCUAGUAAUCUUUUUUCUUCCAGAGUACGAUUAGCAGAAGAGAGAAGCUUUAAUCUGAGAAAUAAGACUGUAUAUCUACUGUAAUGAUCAAGUAGUCCUUUGACUUUCUUCCUUUGUGCCUGCAUUGCGUUGUGUUUUACAGAGAAAGGGGAACAUGUAUGUGUUGUAAUUUGAUAUCGUAUUGAUAUAGUUUUGCAAAGAUGUGGGUCAGAGAAGGGACAGCUGUAAAACUAUGGCUUAAAAAAUGACCUGAGCGAAUAAAUGUGCCGUUUUUAGUUAUAUUUUCAUUUAUCCAGAGUAUUAUAUAAGUAUUGCUUAUUUUAUUUCAGACGGAAAUUAUAUUUUGUGUAAAGAAAGUGACCAUUUCUGUCCUUUUAUUAUUUGACUGUCUUUGUAGUGUUGCCUAAAAAUAAACGAGAGAUAUUAAAACAGUUUUAAGCCA